UAUGCGCUCCUUUUUGCCCCUCUCUCUAUCGUCUAGGGUUAGGGUUUUGGCGCCGUUCACGUUUCCCCGAAUCCCCCGAAUCCUCUACCGCCUCGCCCCAUCGCGCUACGGAUCCAAUGGCGAUCUCCUUCUCCGAUCUCCACACCGAAUCGGGCCUCAGAACCCUCGACGAGUUCCUCUCCGGAAAGAGCUUCGUCUCCGGAGAUGUGAUCAGCAAAGAUGAUGUCAAAGUGUUUGCCGCAGUGUCGGCGAAGCCUGGAGAGUCAUUCCCGAAUGCGUCCCGGUGGUAUGAGAGUGUUUCUGCUGUUCUCGCGUCAAGAUUCCCUGGCAAAGCACUUGGAGUGAAGAUCUCAGGCCAAGCUGCUGCCUCAGCACCUGCACCAGCUGCCGAGCCCGCGAAGAAGGCUGCAGACGAUGAUGAUGAUGAUUUGGAUCUCUUUGGAGAUGAGACUGAGGAGGAAAAGAAAGCAGCGGAGGAGCGGGAGGCGGCUGCGAAAGCAUCUUCCAAGAAGAAGGAAAGCGGAAAAUCAUCUGUCCUUCUUGAUGUCAAGCCUUGGGAUGAUGAGACCGACAUGAAGAAGUUGGAGGAGGCUGUUCGCAGCAUUGAAAUGCCAGGCCUUUUAUGGGGAGCAUCAAAGCUUGUGCCUGUGGGUUAUGGUAUUAAGAAGCUGCAGAUCAUGAUGACCAUUGUUGAUGACCUCGUUUCGGUCGACAGCCUCAUCGAGGAGCAUCUCACGGUCGAGCCGUGCAACGAGUAUAUUCAGAGCUGCGACAUUGUCGCCUUCAACAAAAUCUGAAAGAUCCUGUUAUGGUCUUUGUUCUUUUCCUUUGUUGCUUUCCCUUUUCCCCUCGCCUCCCCGUAAAACGGCAUUUCCUUAGAAAGGAACAUUGACAUCUGAGUUUCAGCUAUUGCGAGAUGGGGGAUUAACGGACGCCAUUAAGGAUUUUCUGUGUAUUUUUGUGGUUUGUUUCGAGUUCCUGGAAUGUGUUUUUAGUGUUUAAUUUAAUUAAAUUUAAGUGACUUGUGUCUGAA